ACAGAGAAAAUAACAAAAUGAUGGAGGAGGUGGAAGAAGAUGAAGCCCCCCAGGAUCUGGCUCAGUGCAGCACCUGCAAGAGAUCGUUCAACCGUAAAGUGCUGGAGAAACAUGCUAAAAUCUGCCUAAAGACAAUGACCAAAAGGAGGAAGACUUUUGACUCCAGUAGACAGAGAGCAGAGGGCACAGACAUCUCUGUACUCAAACCUAUCAAACCAAAGGCCGAGCCCCCCAAGAAGCCGUCCAACUGGCGCAAGAAGCAUGAGGACUUCAUUGCUACUAUCCGGGCCGCGAAAAAUAUUACUCAGGUCUUAAAGGACGGGGGACCAUUACCCCCACCUCCUCCUCCGACAUAUGACCCAGACUAUGUUCAGUGCCCUCACUGUCAGCGAAGGUUUAACGAGAGUGCAGCCGACAGACACAUCAAGUUCUGCCAGGAGCAGGUCGCCCGUAAUCCCAACAAGAGCAAACCAGCAGAGGUCAAGAAGAUUCCUGGUCGUACACAGUGCAAGCCUCCAACUCCUGUUAAGAAGGUCAACUCCCCUGCUACAUCCACCAUCCCCUCAGCCUCUUCUCGUUUACCCCAGAGAUCAGGUCUUGGACAGCCCACUGCAAUCCCCGCUGGUAAGGUCUCCUCUGCAGGUUUAGUGAGGAUGAAUCCCUCCGGUAUCACAAGCCCUCCAUCAGGAGCGGGAACGAAGACACGAGCAACAGGUUCUUCGUACAGCUCCGUGAGGAACGCUUACCCUGGAGUAGGACUCAACAAGAAGAAAGUAGACAACAAUAUAUCCAGGAAAGAUGCCGACGGCGGGAACGAAAUUGACAACAACGAAAUGAAAAGCAAGUUCUGUCACUCUUGCGGGAGCAGGUACCCCGUCGAAUCCGCAAAGUUCUGCUGCGAGUGUGGCCUCAGGAGGAUGUGUCUUUGAGCAGAGGGAAGAAAGGACACACACCAGUACUCAAGAAGGCUUCAGAGAGUUUCAUGAGUUGCACGUCCGUCCAUUAGUGUUCCCUGUGCUUUUACCCUUGGGUCUAGAUGCACAGCAGUAAAGUCACCGGCAGACGGCUCUGCAGCGCUGUGUUUUCUUUAUUUUACAUAAUUGCUGUGAGGAACAAAAUUCAGAUGAGGGGAUUGAACUACAGCUAUAAAGUUAGAAUUAGGGAUGGCACAUAAAACAUAACAUUACUCUUACAGUCCUGCUGAACAGUGCAAAUUAUGCCCUUUUUUCACAAAGAUACAUUUUCAUAACAAAUCUGCUAUGAAGCUGUUCAACUCAGUAGCUGAUAUUAGUGAAACAGGAACAACUCACAGAGCUAAUUACUCAUAAGGAAACAUUUUUCGAUGACGCCGCUGUUCCCGGCAGCUCAUAAACUUCAUUGCUGUGAAGAGGUGAUGGACGGAUUAAUAAUGUGUAAUGACAAGGAAAAGAAAAUUCCCUCAAUAGUUUUGUUCAUGGGAAGUAAUGUGGUCUGAGUUAUUUUAAACUCUUAAUUUUAUUUUUGCCUUGACUGUAAUUAGGAGAACCCUGCAGAGCUAAGUCAGUACAAGCAGUUAAACCCAAUGCAUCCUUAGAAGAGUAGAGAAGAGUGAGAAACAAAUCCCCCAUCUGCCUCCACUUCCUCACAAACACUGUUACUAUUGACGUGCAAUAUGAUUGACUACUGAAGAAAAUGGUGUGUUUCUCUCAAGGAAAUGUUCUCUGAAAAUUAUGCAUAUUGCCGCAGUUUGUCAGGGACCAGUCCGAAAAAAUGAACUACCUGUUAAAACGUCAGCCCUCCCUUGACCAAUAUGUUCGAAACCAAUGUAGCAUUUCCUCUGUCCCUUUUUAUCCCCUCUCCUUUUAUACAACGAAAUCAGCUAUUUAUUUUCACCAAAUGAAAAUUGGCUGCAUGUAUUGUUGAUGUUCUGCAGAAUUGAAAUGUGGUUUUAUUUGAACUUGUAUGAAAUCUAAUUGCACCUGGGUUUGUUGCAGUUUUUCUUUAACUCAAAACUGUCUUUACUCGGUCUUCAGUCGGAUAAAGAGUACAUUAAGAUAUUAAAUGCUCUGUGUGGAUAUGGUUGAUCUCUCUGCUUGAUACAAAACGACACUUUAUGGCCCCACACAGGUCUUUUACAAGUAGGAAGACAAAAGGUUCAUAGUUAAUGAUCAUUAACCUCAAAUAUCAUGUCAGUUGUAUUUAGAAUAAUCUGUAAUAAAGUAAAGCAUUAAUUCAACUUCCACAAGAGAAAAACACUAUGUAAAUGGUGCAUGACUGAAAAUACUUUAACAGACUGGACCGGUGUGUUUUCCUGUACUUAUGACCACACUUAGUCGCCUGGAUACAUUUGUGCACCUUAUGUCAUGUAUGUUCUCCAUCAAUAAACAUCAAUUGGUAAAA